AUGGGGGCUGGACUAGCAGGGCGCCCGUUGCUCGGCAACGUUUUCAUUGUACAGUGGAUUUUGGACAAGAUGGAACCCAAAAAUGUUGCGCAGCUUGAACUGGCGGCGGUUUCCGGCUUCAACGGACAAAUACAUUUUGGCAUGAGACUUCAUCCGGACAAAGAGCACCUCAUCUACCCUCUGGGAUGCACCGUAGUCCUGAGACGGAUCAAAGACGCCAAGAGGGUCUUCCUGCACGGUCACACCAGCGAUGUAUCCUGCGUCUCCAUGUCCAAAAGUGGGGUGUAUAUUGCCUCUGGACAAAUCAAUUACAAUGACUUUGAGGCCGAGAUAAUCGUCUGGGACUACGCGGAGCGAUGCCUGUACACUAAGUUUGUAAUCCACGAAUCCAAGGUGGAGGCGUUGGCCUUUUCUCCCAAUGACAAGUAUCUGGUGUCCCUCGGGGGUCAAGAUGAUGGAAGAAUACUCUUGUGGAACCUUACGACCAAGCAGGCCAUCUGCUCGGCUCCAGCUUUACCUUUGAGUUUGUGUCACCGCCUCACCGUCAAGUACUCAAACACCAACGACAACAUAUUCGUCUCUGCCGGCAGGGCAACAUUGCAGCUCUGGGAGCUGGACGAAUUCAACAAGAUUAAGCCUACAGACUGUAAGAUGCGCAAGAUGAAGAGGAUGGUGAAAUGCAUCGAGUUCGCACCGGACGAUGAGUUCAUUUUCUGCGGCACUUCUAGUGGAGACAUCUUGAAAAUCAACACCAAGACAAUGACUCUGAACGACUACGGUCCCGUGAAAACUAAACACAGCCUGGGGGUCAAUGUACUAAAGGUGUUAAGUACGGGUGAACUACUUGUUGGGUCCGGAUUUGGCACCUUGACACUGUGCUCCACGACCACCUUCAAAGCUCUCAGACACGUGCAGAUGAACAACGGGGUGACCUCCAUCGCUCUCAAAGACGACGGCCGCCACUUUUUCGCCGGCACGGACGCGUCCGAGAUCUACUGGCUGGAUCUGAAGGACUUCAAAGCCGAGCUCGUAUCCACCAGUCACCACGGCGCCGUCACGGACGUCUCCAUCGCUUUCGGCUCCUCAGAGUUGUUUGUCACCGGGUCAGAGGAGGACAUCAGGGUGUGGCACAUCGACAAGUCCAAAGAGCUGCUGAGGAUCCCGGAACCUUGCCUUACCUGUCACUCUGUAUACCUGAUGGUUGACGGACACAGCAUCAUCACGGGGUGGAACGACGGGAAGAUUCGCGUUUUCGCCCCGCAGAGCGGCCGCCUCAUGCUAAUCAUUCACAACGCGCACCAGAACGGCGUGUCGGCCAUCAAGGGGUCCACGGACUGCAAGAAGAUCGUCAGCGGGGGGCAAGAGGGAACGGUUUGCGUUUGGGAGCUGCUGAAGCAGGGCCACCGACGGCUUGCGUUCUUGACGGAGCACAAAGCCACUGUCAAGUGUGUCCAGAUCAAGAGCGAUGACAAGGAGAGCGUCACUGCCAGCAUGGAUGGAACCUGCAUCAUCUGGGACAUUGUGAAAUUUGUGCGGAUUCGGAAGAUAAUUACCAAAAACUCGUCAUUCAAGACCGUGUGCUACCACCCUGAAGAACACCAGAUUGUCACCAGCGGCACUGACAGGAAGAUCGUCUACUGGGACGUGCACGACGGGACAGCGAUCAGAGAGCUGCAGGGCACGCAGACGUCGGCCAUCAACUGCAUGCACGUCUCCCACGACGGCAGAUUCUUUGUGACAGGCGGCGAUGACAAGCUGGUGAGGGUGUGGGACUACAUGAACGGGACGAUCACCCAUGUCGGAAAAGCUCACGGCGGAGGAAUCACCAGCGUGGAGAUCUGCUGCAACAACAGGACCCUCAUCAGCACCAGCUUGGACGGAGCCAUCAUGCGCUGGAGGUUCCCUCACCCGAUCUUGGAGUGAUUGAGUGUGUCGGGUCAGACGAGCAACACUCGCUACACUGCCCUGAGGCGUUAUUGUAUACAUAAGUCACCGAGAACUAGAAUGGACUAACUCCAGGGUCUACUUCCAAGCAUGUCACCUGGUGUGGUUUUUUUUUUGUUUUUUUGUUUUUUUAAAAUCGCUGUAACGGGUACGCUUGCACUGACCAUCCGAGCGCUACGUCGUAAUAAUUUCAAUGAGAACAAUUUCUCCCUGGAGGAGAUCAAUAAAGUAACCCUGAACCUGAAUUUCCGGUUUUGUGGUUAUCACAAAUUUUGGUUAUUUUUCUUUUCCCAUCACAUUGCUUUAUUUCUCCUGAUACCAAACAAGCUUUGAAACUGUUUACGCUUUAACUUGCAUCAACGUCCACAGAAAUAAUAUUAUUUUUCUUUACAGAUAUUAAAAAGAGUGCUUCGUGUUGGAAAAAUGUCCCUUCUGUCAAAAUGUGUAUACUUCAAAUGUUCAACAAUAUAACAUAAUAAGCCAUCAAACUGUGUGGCUCAGCUGGUCCAUAUGUCUGCUGUCCCUCCACCUGUCUCAAGAUUCUUAUUUCUCAUGCAGAGCUGUACAGGUGAUCUAAAGCGACCUUGACAAAAUAUUUGCAACGUGUGAACAAAAGUUUCCAACAUGUCGCUAAAUGACUGCUUCGGAUCCUUUCCAAUGUGAAAACGUUUCCGCUCACAUUGCUUGUUUGAUGGAAAUAA